AUGAAUGCAAACGGACGGCUUCUACGUUUGAAAUGGCGUUUUUGUUCGGGCCUGCGGUGGCAGAAAGGAUUGCUUAUGUUUCUACUAAUCCUCGGUCCAGUUGUCCGGUGCCAGAUUCGGUAUUCUAUCCCCGAGGAGAUGAAGAAGGGCUCUCUUAUCGGUAACGUAGCACAAGACUUGGGAAUAGACCUGCAGAGGCUCCGAUCUGGCCGGGCCCGGAUCGUGCCGGGGGACAGCGUUCAGUACGCCGGGCUGAAUACGGACAAAGGGAUCCUAGUCGUGAACGAGAGAAUAGACAGAGAGCGGCUCUGCGGUGACGUCACGCCGUGCAGCUUCAGCUUCGAAAUUAUCUUAGAAAACCCCAUCGAGUUGCAUCGCGUAACGGUAGAAAUCGUUGACGUUAAUGACCACGCGCCCGUGUUUAAAACGAACCACAUGAAAAUGGAAAUUAGCGAGUCCGCCAUAACCGGGUCUCGGUUCGUUUUGGAAAGCGCAGAGGACCCGGACGUAGGAGAUAAUGGGCUGCAGAAUUAUGUAUUAAGCCCGAGCGACGUUUUCGUCCUGAAACAACACGCAAACCCCGACGGUAGUAAGUUUGCAGAAAUGAUCCUGCAAAAACAGUUAGACAGAGAGAGGCAGCCGUUUCUCUCCCUGAAGCUGAUCGCCACGGAUGGUGGACAUCCGCAGAGAUCAGGUACAGUAAACAUAGAGAUCGCCGUUUUAGAUGCCAAUGAUAAUGCUCCUGUUUUUAACCAGGCAGUGUACAGGGCUACUGUCGUAGAAAACGCCCCCAUGGGCACCUACAUUACAACAGUGAAUGCUACCGACGCUGACAGUGGCUCUAACGGUUUGGUCACUUACGCGUUUUCUAACUUGAAAGGAAACCUGGAGGAUGUAUUUGAUAUCGAUAAGACAACUGGUAAAAUAACCGUCGCCGGGCAAAUAGAUUUCGAAAAAGACAAAAAAUACGAAAUAAGAGUCGAGGCUAAAGACCAGGGAGGUCUGACGGACCUCGGUAAAGUCAUGAUCGAUGUUGUUGACGUCAAUGAUAAUGCCCCGGUAAUAAACGUCAUGUCGUUCUCGAGCCUGGUGUCUGAAGACGCUCCGAUAGGUUCAACUAUCGCCGUCAUCAACGUCAAAGAUGCAGACUCGGAGAGAAAUGGGCAGAUAACCUGCUCUAUAGACACGACAUAUCCGUUCAAAAUCAAGUCGUCACUGACUAGUUACUACACGUUAGUUUCAGAUAUAGCUUUCGACCGUGAAAACAUACCAGAAUACAACAUCACUGUAACUGCUACAGAUUCGGGUUUGCCUCCUCUCUCCAAUACAAUGAAAUUACACCUUAAAAUAUCUGACGUAAAUGACAACGCCCCAGUAUUUGAUAACAACAUCUACCAUGCAUACAUGACGGAAAAUAACGCUCCCGGCAUUUCAAUAUUCACUGUCAGCGCGCACGACUCUGACUGGCAUCAAAACGCCAGGAUCUCGUAUCUCCUCGAGGACACGCAGCUUAAUGGUAGUCCAGUCUCCACGUUACUAUCCAUAAACUCUCAGACUGGAGUUUUAAACGCGGUGCGCUCAUUUGAUUAUGAACAAAUUAAACAAAUCCAGGUAGUUGUUAAAGCGCAGGAUGGAGGCUCUCCUCCACUCAGUAGCAACGUAACCGUGAACAUAAUGAUCCAGGACCAGAACGACAACGCCCCUCAGGUGCUGUACCCAGUCCAGACCAGCAGCUCUGUGGUGGCUGAAAUGGUGCCUCGUUCAGCAGAUGUGGGCUAUCUGGUGACUAAAGUGGUGGCUGUUGAUGUGGACUCUGGACAGAAUGCCUGGCUCUCCUAUAAGCUGCAGAAAGCCACAGACAGGGCGCUGUUUGAAGUGGGCUUACAGAAUGGGGAAAUAAGGACUAUCCGCCAAGUCACUGAUAAAGAUGCUGUGAAACAAAGGCUGACUGUUGUAGUGGAGGACAACGGGCAGCCCUCUCGUUCAGCUACAGUCAAUGUUAACGUGGCGGUGGCGGACAGCUUCCCUGAAGUGCUCUCGGAGUUCACUGACUUUACGCACGACAAGGAGUACAAUGACAACCUGACUUUUUACUUAGUCUUGGCUUUGGCUGUAGUGUCCUUUCUCUUCAUCACCUGCUUAGUGGUCAUCAUAUCAGUGAAGAUAUACAGAUGGAGACAGUCUCGCAUCCUCUAUCAUUCCAGUCUGCCGGUGAUUCCCUAUUAUCCACCACGUUACUCAGACACUUUGGGGACAGGGACUCUCCAACACGUGUACAAUUACGAGGUGUGCAGGACGACUGACUCCAGAAAGAGUGACUGUAAGUUCGGCAGAGCCGGUAGUCAGAACGUGCUGAUAAUGGACCCCAGUUGUACAGGGACGAUGCAGCGGAUCCAGAAUGAAAAGAACAUCCUGGAUGAGCCAGACUCUCCUGUAGAGGUCAGUUAA